AUGAGCUAAUUAAUUUAAAUAAAUGCUGGUUAGAAUUCUAAUGAAAUAUGCUUAAAAUAUUUAGAAAAAUUAGUUAAAGAUCAUGGAUUAGAAUCUUUGAUGAAAGAUUAAUAACAAAAUAAACAAAUUUAAAAUAGAAUAUCAACUUGUUUUGAAGAACAUGAGAAAUAUUUAAGCUUUAGAGGUGUAUUUUUAGAUGAAUAACAAUGUAUUAAUUAAUUCAAAUUAAUCAGCUAUGGAUGAAAUAAUGUCUUUGUAAGAUUAAGAUUUUAUAGAUCCUAAUUAUAUGAUUGGUAAAAAUAUUUAUUUACAUGGCACUUAUCAUCAUGGAAAGAAUAUUUUUACUUAAAUGUAUUAAUAAGAAUUUGAAGAAAAGAUGAGAUCAAUUUAUGAGAAUUCAGAUUAUUUGUUUGGGUGUAAUCUUAUUCAUUCACUUUCUGAUAAAUUUUGUGGAAUAUCUAUGUAGUCAUUCUUAUCUUUAGAAAGUUAAUUAUUUUGUAGUUCUACAUCAGUAUUUCCAAAUUUAAUAUCAUGUUCUGGGAUUGAAAUUUAUAAUGCAACUCUUUCUCUUAAUUAAUUGAUAUUUGUUUGUAAUUAUUCAAUGAUUUAUGAUUACAAUUCUUUAUUUAAAAGAGUUUAGGAAUAAAAUAAAUAUUCAAGUUUAUAGAAUUGUCAUGACAUAAUAGCAGAAACAAUACUAUAAAAUAAUUGUUCAAUGAGAUUUCCAGGAUUUUAGAAUGGUGAUAUAAGAAAAUUAGCAGUAAAUUUAAUUUCAUUUCCAAGAAUGCAUUUUUUAUCUAAUGCUUUUAGUGUUUUGAAUCCAGAUAGAAUAUUAAUUGAUUAGAUUUAGAGAUUAACAUAUCCCUAAAAUUAAAAUUUUACAUUCUAAGAAGAUGCAAAGAAUUACUAUCGAAUGUAGGCGACAAUAAGUAGAACAGAUUGUUUAUAUUAUGAAAUAUAAGAGUCUACAUCAAAAUUAAAAAAUUAAACUAAUUGGGUUAAAAAUAGUUUUUGUAAUAUAAAUUGCAAGAUUAAGCAUUAUGAUUUAGGCGAUACUGUAUUAUAUAUUGGUCAUCAUAAUUAUUUUGGAAUUUAUUGUAGAUAGUUAUGUUUAAAAUUUUUGGAUUAAUGGAGAAGAAAGGCUUAUUUUCAUUAUUAUGCAGUCGAAGGAGCAGAUGAAUUAGAGUUCACUGAAGCAGAAUAAACAGUGAGUGAUUUGUAUUCAGAAUAUAUUACUUAUGAUGAAAUAGAUUGGGAAUAAAUGGAUGUGGACUGA